AUGGAUACCUGUUGUCAUGAGAUGGCGUUGAUUCUUCGAGCGCCGUACCCGGCACUACUACCGACACCGAAUAAUAUUCGAAAAGAGCAACAAUCAUUUCUAGAGAUCGUGUCAUUGCCGCCCACAUCUCCUGCCGAUUUUCUGCGUUUUUUUGCAGCUUUUUGGGCUUUCUAUGUGGAUUUUUUAUUCUACUCUCAACAAGGGAAUAAUGUUGAUAAAGGAGAUGGUUGA